AUGAGCAUUCAAAUAACAACAACAACAAGUGAAGGAGGAGGAGGAGGAGGAGCAAUGUACUCCUCUUUUUCAUCAUCCUCCUCAUCGGGUUCUACUUCUCCAACAACAACAACAAGUCCACCUACUUCACUACCAUCAUCAUCAUCCACACAAAAUAAUACGCAAAAUAAUAAUAAUAAUAAUAAUAAUACACAAAAUAAUAAUCAAAAUAAUACCAACAACAAUACUACUACUGUAACAUGUCCUUCUUCUUCUCCUCAUAUUAAAAUUCAACAUUACUUUAAUUAUUCCACCAUCAUGAGAGAUAAAGAAGCUUGUCAAUGUUUCUUGGAAUAUCUCACUCAAGUCACUCAUUGCGAUGAAAAUUUAUUGUAUUUACUGCAAUUGGAGAAUGUAAAGAGUUUGCGAUCGGUGCCUCACAUGAUGGAACAGACACAAUCGUUGAUUGAUACUUUUGUGAAAUUGGAAUCUCCGAAAGAGUUGAAUAUUACUGACAAGAUGAGAAUGAGAAUUGUGGAAAAUUUUGAAGACGUUAAGAGUUUUGUGAAUUCUACUAACAAUAGUAUGAAUGAAUCAAAAAUGUCAAAUGUCAAUGUGGCGUCAGAAGGUAACACCAUGUUAACUCCAGAAAUAUUGUGGACAAAAAUUCAACAUGCUUUCAACGAAUUGACCGUUCAAAUUAAUUUGCAAUUGAAACAAGACAGUUUUGAAUCGUAUCUGAGUUCUGACUUUUUCGAAAAGUUUAUCAUUAAGAAAGUUCGUGAAAAGAUUGCUUCUCAUUCACAACAACAUGAAAAGACCAAGAAAAAGAGAUCUUCUUCUCUCUUUCCCAAUGCUGUAACUUCAAAUACUACCAAUUUUGGUAAUAGUUCUCCAAAUUUGGGAGAUCACAAUGAUUCAUCCUCUUUGGAUGAUUUGAAUAAUUCAGGAGAUCAUUUAGAUUCCAAUGCUGUCGGAGGAGGAGGAGGAGGAGACAAUCAUGCAUUAGGUGCUGCAAAUUUAAUGAAACGUUUUGUCGGUGGAUUAUUUAAAGGAGGAUCCGUACUUCAACAAAACAUUUCACAAAUUAUUGUGAAUCAUGGAAAUAAUUCUCAAUCACCCAAUUUGGAUGAUUCCACAUCGACCUGCACUCUCUCCAAUACCUCUGAAAUUUCCUCACCCAUCUUGACAAGUGACAGUGAUUCGGACACUUCACUCACUGCUUCUCUGUCUUCUCUUUUCAAACACCGUGGCAAUGAUUCAAGAAAAGAAUCCUCCUCUCAAAAUGAAACUGUUGAAAUUAUGAAAAAUAUUAUUCAAGAUUUAUACAAACAACUCAUUCAAAAAGAUAAUGAAAUCAAGAGAUUACAAGAAGUUUUGAAACAACACGGACAAUUGAUGGGAAUUGGCGGAGAAAGAAAGGCGAAACCACUUCCGACAGCUCCGAAACAGCAGCAAAGUCAAGAUGAUCUUUCGUUGACAUCUCCAAGAAAAGCAGCCAUGAUGUCGUCGAAAGGAUCGUCGACUCCUUCGAGAGCGUCACUUUCUUUGGAAUCACCCGUCUUGUCGAACACGUCAUUGACAAGUGGCAGUAGUGGUCAUUCUUCACCUCGACAUCCAUAUAGUGCAAGUCAUACGAACAUGGCUACUACAACAACAGCAACAACAACCAUACCAACAACUAUGCAUACAAGUGGUAGUGGUAAUAAUAGUGUGAAACACUUUCCAAAUAAUUCUUCUCCAAACUUGUCACUCAACAAAUUGAGCAAGCAAGAAGUUCUAAAUUCCAAAGAAGUAGUGAAUGCAUCAGUGCAGACUACCAUGAAUAAGCCACAAUUUCAACUCAAGAAUAUUUCAACCACGACAAGUCCAAAUACAAAUAAUAAUAAUAAUGGAAGUUCAACACCAAGAGCGAAUAAUUUAAACAACAAUAACAACAAUACGACCAUGACCACACCAAGAUCGAGUAAUAAUAACUCCAAUACUACCACUACUACUACCACUACUACUACGACAACGACCAUGAAUACACCAAGAUCAAGUGGCCAUGUUGCAAACUCGACGCCAACCAAUCGAUCGAUGGCCACAACCACGACUGCAACAACAAAUCAAGCAAAGAAUGUGACUAGUAACAAUACAGAAUUAGUGGACUCUCCCAUGACGAAACAAAAGAAAAUGACUUUGGAUAUUGUUUCAUCGAUGAAUAAUAAGAAUUCAACAGUGUCUUCGUCACCAGUGACUAGUUCACCUUCGAAUGCUUCUGUGAAGAAUGAUAAUUUACCAUUAAGUCAACGAUUGCAAUUCUUUGAAAAACUUUCCAAUAAUACCACAAAUAGUGCAAGUCCUGGCACUGGAAAUGUAGUGUCAUCGUCGAGUCCUGCAAAACGACCUCAAUCCGUUCUGUACAAAUAA